CAAACUCAACAUUCUUCUCUUCUUUAACUUUCACUCUCAAGUCUCAGCUUAGCUUUAAAAAAGAGAGAGAAAAAAAAACACAAAAAUCAUGAGAACAAUGGUUGAUUUAGGAAAGCAAAGAGAUCAUCACUAUCAUCCCAUGCAAAUCAUAACCACUCCAACCACCGUCGAUUGUGCCCGUGAAUUCCGUCUCCGACGAACUCUCCGAUCACUCAUCGAAUGCAUGCUCCCAUACUGUUGCACUUACCAACAACCACCUUCUCCUUCAUACCAAAACGACACCGUCUCAGUGUCUUCUUCCACUUCCUCCUCUUCCUCUUCAGACCACUCCUCCUCCACCUCUUCCUCCCAUAGUAACAGCAUAGUAAGUGGAACUUUCUUCGGCCACCGCCGUGGCAGAGUCAGUUUCUGCCUCCAAGACUCCACGGCCGUGGGAUCUUCGCCGCUUCUCCUCCUCGAGCUAGCUGUUCCCACGGCGGCUUUAGCCAAAGAAAUGGACGAGGCAGGUGUUCUACGCAUAGCCCUCGAGUGUGACCGUCGUAGAAGCAGCAACAGUCGCUCGUCGUCGAUCUUUGAUGUUCCCGUGUGGUCGAUGUAUUGCAACGGUAGGAAAAUGGGAUUCGCCGUGAGGAGAAAGGUAACGGAGAACGAUGCCGUUUUCUUGAGGACGAUGCAGUCUGUGUCAGUCGGAGCCGGAGUUGUGCCGUUGGACGAGGAGGAGCAGACGCUGUAUUUGAGGGCGAAGUUCGAGCGAGUCACUGGUUCGAGUGACUCCGAGUCGUUUCAUAUGAUGAAUCCGGGUGGUAGUUAUGGACAGGAGCUUAGUAUAUUCCUUUUAAGAUCGUGAAAAUUAAGUACGGUGGUUUUUACUAUUAUAUUUCUAUAAAUGUACAUCUUAAACUAAAAUCAUCAAUAUAGUGAUAUAUGCAGUUUAAUCA